GGCAGAGUGGCACAAGGGGUAAGCCGUGGAUUGUUAUUCAUAGAUAUUUUCGGCAAUACACCCCAAUAAAAAGAGCCUAGACGGGAUCCCCGACGCUGAUUGGUGGCAAGGACGGUGACGGGAUGACGUUACCGGGAGAAGGGACACUCCUGCCGAUGGACAGUUGAUGCUAGGAGUUGAAAAUUGUUUCGGGCACAUAAUUCCGACUUCGACGGAGCAGUAGUAGCCUACCGUCCAGCGAUGAUGUACUGAAUUGGAUAUCUGGAAUCAAGAUUAAGAUUUUAGCAGAAUACGGCUAGUGGUUUUCUGCAAGGAGGGAAGCACGGUUGGGUAUCUGGGAGACUGCAAAAAGAAAAACCUGAUUGGAACACCUCAAGAAGCACGCGAGGCUUUUCAAAAGAUAAUACCCUGCUUUGGAUACAGAUACAGCUAACAUCUACAACCUCAGUUAACGGCCUGGUACAAUGAACAUGCUUAUGUAAUUGCGCCCGGCGUGUUCAGUCUAGAAAAGGGGGAGUCGAAUUCGCGUUUCCCUUGAUCCGUUUCACUGAACAAGUCUGGGUCUGGCGAUUUAAUAGCAGUUGAGGUCAGAUUAUGUAACGAGUUUCCAUUGUUUGGAAUAUACAAAAAUAAAUGGCUAAAGAGGAGGCCGGCUCUCCCAAAGUAAAGAAAACAAUUCAUUGUAACUAUUACGCUUUGUGUAUAUUUGGGAUGGUUGAUCAAGCUGGUGUGACAUCAACAUGACCUGAUUUGCGUGCCUUUUUAUUUAUGCAAUUUUUUACGUUGAUAUCUGGAUAACCACAAACUAAAAAAGAAUCCGUGCAUCUCCUCUCAAACCAAUAACACGGUCUCAGGCACUUCGUGUAGACGUGGGUUUCUUGCAUCACUUGACUCGUCUCGGAAAGACCUGUUACCUGAAUAUCACCAUUGUUACUAUGCAGCGUGCUAAUUCUCUGAAACGUAUCACGGAAGCGCAAAAAUAAGACCGGAGACCCAGACUGGACUCUCGUCCGGGACAAGAGACUGAUCACUUUAAACAAUUCCCAAAUCACUUUCCCUGACGGAAAUCGGGUCUGCCCGGCCAGGCCGUAGUCAUGUUCGCGGCGGUGGAGCAUGGCCCGGUCCUCUGCAGCGACUCCAACAUCCUCUGCCUGUCGUGGAAAGGCCGAGUGCCCAAGAGCGAGAAGGAGAAGCCCGUAUGUCGGAGGCGAUACUACGAGGAAGGGUGGCUGGCGACGGGGAACGGGAGGGGGGUGGUCGGCGUCACUUUCACCUCCAGCCACUGCAGACGGGACAGGAAUACCCCGCAGAGGAUCAACUUCAAUUUAAGGGGACACAACAGUGAGGUGGUCCUGGUGCGCUGGAACGAGCCCUUUCAGAAGCUGGCCACCUGUGACACGGACGGCGGGAUCUUCGUGUGGAUCCAGUACGAGGGCCGCUGGUCGGUGGAGCUGGUGAACGACCGCGGGGCUCAGGUGAGCGACUUCACCUGGUCCCACGACGGCACCCAGGCCCUCAUCUCCUACCGCGACGGCUUCGUGCUGGUGGGCUCGGUCAGCGGCCAGAGGCACUGGUCCUCCGAGAUCAACCUGGAGAGCCAGAUCACCUGCGGGAUCUGGACCCCCGACGACCAGCAGGUACUCUUUGGCACAGCGGACGGUCAGGUGAUCGUGAUGGACUGUCAUGGCCGCAUGUUGGCUCACAUCCUCCUGCACGAGUCUGACGGGAUCGUCAGCAUGUCCUGGAACUACCCCAACUUCCUGGUGGAGGACAGCAGCGAGAGUGACACGGACUCUGACGACUACGUGCCGCCGCAAGUGCACAACCUGAAGCCGCUGCUGACGGUCAGCUUCACGUCUGGAGACAUCAGCCUGAUGAACAACUACGACGACCUCACACCCGCCAUCAUCCGCUCAGGGCUCAAGGACGUGGUGGUGCAGUGGUGUUCUCAGGGAGACCUCAUGGCGGUAGCGGGCAUUGAGAGGCACAGCCUCCAGGUGGACCCCUCCUGCCUCUCCCUCAUGAGGAACGCCCUGGUGAAGUUCUACAACGUCCACGGAGAGCACAUCUACACGCUGGAGACUCCUGCACAGAGGCCCAUCACCACCAUCUGCUGGGGUCACCGGGACUCCCGGCUGUUCCUGGCGUGCGGGCCGGCGCUGUACGUGGUGCGGGUGGAGCACCGCGUGGCCGGCCUGCAGCUGCUGUGCCAGCAGGCCAUCGCCAGCACGCUGCGCGAGGAGAAGGACAUCAGCAAGCUCACCAUGCCCUCCAGACUGUGCGGCUACGUCACCUCCGCCUUCGCCCCCACCAUCAAGCCGCCCAUCCCAGACCCCAACAACAUGCGCGACUUCGUGAGCUACCCCACGGCGGGGAACGAGCGGCUGCACUGCACCAUGAAGCGCACGGAGGACAACCCCGAGGUGGGGGGGCCCUGCUACACGCUGUACCUGGAGUACCUGGGGGGCCUGGUGCCCAUCCUCAAGGGCCGCCGCAUCAGCAAGCUCCGCCCCGAGUUCGUCAUCAUGGACCCCAAGACCGACGGCAAGGCGGACGAGGUCUACGGGAACAGUCUGAUCUCCUCCAUGAUUGACAGCUGUAACUGUUCUGACUCCAGUGACAUUGAGCUGAGUGACGACUGGGUGGGGAAGAAAUCGCCAAAGAUCUCCCGAGGAAGCAAGUCGCCCAAACUUCCCAGGAUCAAUAUCGACCCCAGGAAGUCCCCUAAGCUGUCACGCGCCACACAGGAAAUAUCCCGGUCGCCGCGGUUACCCAUUCGCAAGCCUUCCAUUGGCUCCCCGAGUCUGACUCGCCGAGAGUUCCCCCUCGAUGACAUCACUCAGCAUAAUUACCUCGCUCAGGUCACGUCCAAUAUUUGGGGAACGAAGUUUAAAAUUGUGGGACUGGCUUCCUUCUUGCCUACGAACCUUGGUGCAGUCAUCUACAAGACCAGUCUGCUCCACCUCCAGCCCAGGCAGAUGACCAUCUACCUUCCGGAGGUGCGGAAGAUCUCGAUGGACUACAUCAACCUGCCCGUCUUCAACCCCAACGUCUUCAGCGAAGACGAGGACGACCUGCCAGUCACGGGACCCUCCGGAGUGGCCGAGGACAACCCCCCCUGCACCGUCAACAUCCCCAUCGCCCCCAUCCACAGCCCCGCCCAGGCCAUGUCCCCCACCCAGAGCAUCGGCCUGGUGCAGUCCCUGCUGGCCAAUCAGAACGUGCAGCUGGACGUGCUGACCAAUCCCACGGCCACGGCCGCCGCGGCCGCCGCGUCGGACCACGGGCAGGACGCGGUGAUGACCGCCCAGUACACCGUGCCCGCCCGCUACUCCAGCCCCGGGCAGGUCAUUUUCGGGGGCCUGGAAAUGGGCCGUCUGCUGGUGGGGCCCCCGCCCCCUCACCACCAACCGCCACCUCCUCAGCAACCUCCGCCACAGCAUCCCCAUCAGCAGCAGCAGCAGCAGCAGCAACAACAACAACACCAACAGCAGCAGCAGCAACACGUGCAACAGCUUCAACAGCAACACGCGGCCCAGCAACAGCUUCAGCAACAACACGCUGCGCAGCAACAGCUCCAGCAACACGCUGCCCAACAACACGCUGCCCAGCAACAUGCCGCCCAGCAACACGCCGCCCAGCAACAACUACAGCAGCAACACGCUGCCCAGCAACAACUUCAGCAACAACAGCUUCAGCAGCAACACGCUGCCCAGCAACAACUUCAGCAACAACAUGCUGUCCAGCAGCAGCUGCAACAGCAGCAACACGCCGUCCAGCUGCAGCUGCAGCAGCACCAGCUGCAACAACAGCAGCAGCAGCAACAGCAGCAGCAGCAUCAGCAGAUCCAGCAGCAGCACCAACAGUUUCAGCAGCACCAACAGCAGAUGCAGCAGCAGCACCAGCAGAUGCAGCAGCAGCACCAACAGAUCCAGCAACAGCAGCAGCAAAUUCAGCAGCAGAUCCAACAGAUGCAGCAGCAGCAGCAGCAGCUGCGGGAGCAGCACCAACAGCAGAUGCAGCAGCACCAACAGCAGCUGCAACAACACCAACAACAGCUGCAACAACACCAACAACAGCUCCAGCAGCAGCAGCAGCACCCGAUCCAGCUGCCCCCUCCCCCCCUGCCGUCCGGGCAGCUCCCGGGGGCUUCGCACCAGCUCCAGGGCCCCCUGCAGCUGCCCCACCUGCAGGGCGAGCACGGGCCGGACCGCAGCGACCACGAGCACCUGCUGAAGAUCAAGCCCACCCGGUCGGGCUCCCAGCUGGCCGAGGGCGACGCGGUGGUCUUCAGCGCCCCGCUGGAGAUCAGCAAGAUGAACCCGCCGCCCCCGUACCCCGGGACGGUGGCGGCCGCCGUGGCGGCGCAGGCCAGCGCGGCGGCGGCGGCGGGGGCGGUCGCCGGCGGCAACCCGCCCCCGGCGACCGUGGUGGACCUGUGCCUGUACCCGGCCGCCCCGCAGUACCAGACGCCGCUGGGCUACGAGCGCAUCACCACCUUCGACAGCAGCGGCAACGUGGAGGAGGUGUGCCGGCCGCGCACCCGGCUCGUCUGCAACCAGAACGUCUACAGCCUGCAGGGCCCCGGCAGCUCGGCCACGCUCCGCGUCACCUCCUCCGAGAGCAAGAAGGUCCAGCUGCCCUACAGCUCCGCCACGCUCAACCGCCUCACCGUGCCCCGCUACUCCAUACCCAGCGGCGACCCGCCGCCGUACCCCGACCCGGCCAAUCAGAGCAGCGCGGGGAGGAGCGCCGCGCAGCAGCGGCUGGACACCACGCUGAUCCACGCCACGCUGCGGCGGAACAGCCGCGAGGCGGCGCUGAAGGUCUCCCUGCUGAUGGACCCCCAGCAGCGGACCCUGCCGACGAAGUCCAAGGUCAGCAGCGCACUGGCGGCCUCCUACCAGCAGAGGGUGGCCACCGCCCUGUACACCUGCAGCCAGUGCAGCAACGGGGGCGGGGGCGGGGCCGGGGCCAGCGGGGGCGGGGCCAGCGGCGGCGGCAACGGGAUCGCCGGCGGCACCAUCAUCCGGCAGGACUUCCCGCCGGGGAGCGGCGCCCAGCACAGCACGGUCAUCGUGCACUCCAACAGCACGUCGCCGCUGGCCUCCCAGUCCUCCCAGUCCUCCUACAACCUGCUGAGCGCCCUGGAGGGCAACCGCGACCGCACCGACUACGUCAACUCGGCCUUCACCGAGGACGAGGCGCUGAGCCAGCAGUGCCAGCUGGAGAAGUCCAUCCGCCACCUGGCCCUGAGCGAAGUGGGGCUGACCGUCAAGCGGCCGCCGCCGUACCAGUGGGACCCGGCCGCCACCGAGGAGAUCUGGGUCCCGCAAGAGAGGUCCGCCUUGGCGCCCCCUCCCCCGCCGCCUGGGCCCCACAAGCCGCCCCCGCUCAUCCUCAACCCUGCUCAGCACCUGGACGUCUCGCGGCUCCCCUUCGUCCUGGCACCCAAAUCCCCCACCAGCUCUGCCACUGCCACCUUCCAAACCGGCUACCCCAUCUCCCUCCCCUUCCCCCCCGGGUCGGGCUACAGCGGACCCCAGCUUCAGGCCGUGCAGCCGCCCCCGCAGCCCUGCUCCCCCAAAGAGGUGGUGGCCCCUGUCCCGUUCACCCAGCAGGAGUCCCCCAUGGUCCUUCCCCCCGGGUACCCGCCAAACCUGGCCAACCUGGCCUGCUGCCCCCUGCCCCCCAUGUAUCCGGGGGCCAGCGCCUGUGCCGGCCUCCAGCUUCCCCCGAUCGCCCUGCACCCCUGGAACGCGUACAACCCCUGCCCGCCCAUCCAGAACCCCUCGGGGACGCUCCCGGCCAAGUCCCACCUGGUGGUGGAGAAGCCCGUGCUCUCCCCUCCCCCGCCCGCCGAGCACCCGGGCCACCCGGGCCCGCCCCCGGAGGCCGUGGCGGAGGCCGGCGAGGGCUUCCAGGAGGUGCUGUCCCUCAACGAGAGCCCCGUGCCGCAGCGCGUCGACAAGUUCGGCAAGAAGGGCCGCAAGCGCCUGGACAGCCGGGCGGAGGAGGCCAACGUGCCGGCCGUCACCGAGGGCAAGGUGAAGAAGGAGGGCCGGGCGCUCAGCGACUUCAACUCGCUCAUCUCCAGCCCCCGGCUCGGCCGCGAGAAGAAGAAGCCCAAGCCGCAGAAGGAGCAGCUGAAGGCCAAGAAGCUGAACAAGACCAACGAGUUCCAGGACAGCUCGGAGAGCGAGCCGGAGCUCUUCAUCAGCGGCGACGAGCUGAUGAACCAGAGCCAGAGCGGCAAGAAGGGCUGGAAGACCAAGCGCAGCCUGCGCGCCGCCAGCGAGCUGGAGGAGUUCAAGUGCCGCAAGGCCAACGAGAAGGAGGACCGCGGCCUGGGCAGCCAGGGCUUCGUCUACGUCAUGGCCAACAAGCAGCCUCUCUGGAACGAGGCCACGCAGGUCUACCAGCUCGACUUCGGCGGCAGGGUCACGCAGGAGUCGGCGAAGAACUUCCAGAUCGAGCUCGAGGGGCGGCAGGUGAUGCAGUUCGGCAGGAUCGAUGGCAACGCCUACAUCCUGGACUUUCAGUACCCGUUCUCAGCCGUGCAGGCCUUCGCCGUGGCCCUGGCUAACGUCACCCAGCGGCUGAAGUGAGCGGCCGGCUCGGCACAUCCUUCCCGCCGUACCGGCGGUGCGCGUGGAGGACCCCAGCAGUCCCCCUUUUUCCGUUAGUUGUGCAUUGUGACGAGAGAAGAAGAAGAAGAAGAAGAAGAAGAAGAAGAAGAGGAGAGGGGAAAAAAAAAAAGCUGACUCAAGCGGAGCUGCAAUGCCCAACGCUGCCAUAAGAGGGUGCUGUUUUGCGAGGUGCGCAGAGGUCAUAGAGGGUGACGGACAAAAUGGUGGUCACCCUGUCGGGGACAUGGGCUUAGCUUUCUGUGGUUGUUCUGCAAAUAUAUGCUGCUCUAGCUUACAGAAGCUAGUGGAACCAGACUGUCCACUCUACAGACUGCCUUAUAUUAUUUUAUUGUUUCCUAUUAAUACUGUUACAUUGGAGUUUUUUCAGUCCAGUUUUUAAACAUAACAGUAAUACUUGAAAGAAAAAAAAAAAAAAACUUAUCUGGAAAAUGAAUCGCUCAUUUGCAGACCGUGCGGCUAUUGAGCACUGAAAUCAAUAGCUGUAUGAAUUUAAUUGAAAGUGUGAUUACCUUUUUUUUGGCUUUAUUAUAGAUAUUACACAUUUCGAACUGAGAAAAAAAAAAAAAGAAGAAGAUGAUGUUAUGCGUUUCAAAGUGUUUUUGGGGGGUCAGUCUUAAAGUUUUGAUUUCUUAGUACAUUAAUUUAGUGCUUUACGCAAGUACUGAUGAUGGCUACAGAACAAACUUUGUGCUUUGCAUUUUCAAGACUAAACGUGAACGUAGUCCGAGUGUUUUUAUUCCGGAGUUGAUGGGAGCCGUAUUUGAAGUGGGGAGAAAGCUGAAUGGCUGCCCUUGGACCUGUUGGCUAGACAUGGGAGGACUACCCUGAAAGAAUUCAUCUGGAUCAGUAUUUCAAUGUAUCAGCGCUCCCUUUUUUAGUUUCUUUUUGUGUUUCUGAGAUCUAUUUAUAUGUAUAUAUUAUUUGGUCAUUAAUAAUAUUAUUGUUAUUAUUAUUACGAUUAUUAUAAUUAUUAUUGUCGUCGUUUAUAUUUAUGUAGCAUUAAGCAAUCUUAGUACCUUGUUUACAUGCAUUGCAAGAUGUUUAUUUUGUUUGAGAGACAGGAGGAUAAAUUAAGAGCCCAUCCGUUUAAAACAAUGCACAGUUCAGAAGCGGGAGAUGAGUACAAUAACGGUGAUGGUGGUAAAAAUUGGCUGUCGAACGUGGGUUGUUACUGAAGAAAGGGCAGUUUCCCAGUCUGAAAUGAUCUUAAUCUCCUGUCACUUCUGUGAAGUGACCAUUUUGGGGUAUCCAAGUCGAACCCUCCCCAGGUGACAUCAUGUAAGCAAGGUACCAGAGAUAUUUUUGUAUUUUUCGCCCCCCCAAUGCCAUUUCAUACUUUUUUAGUCAUGUAAAUAUUUGUUACAUAUCAUUCCAUCAUCGUAAAGUGCAUCACGUGCAUGGGGAAAACUGACAGCAGCUUUUGUACUCUAUGGUGUGUGGUGUGGCGUGGCGUGUAUGAGGGGUUGCUGGGGAAUGUGGUGACAUCACAGUAGUCGUUGUCGUGCAAGGUUGUGUGUUCCGGAUUAAGUUGCCGUUAAAAAAAAAAACACCCCGCUAUUCCGUCAACCAUAUAAAUACUUCUUAUGAAGGACGAUCCAUCCAGUCAUCUUAUAAGCUGUAUAUCUGUUAAUUGGUGCCCACCAAAUUGUAGGAAACCUGAUUGAUGGUGGCUGGUCGGUCCAGUGUCAGAAAAGAGGCCCGUUUUAUUUAUUUAUUUUCCUCAUUUUCUUUAACUUUUCUUUUUUUUAAACCGCUCUUGUACUGGACUUUUCUUAAGAACUUGUUCAUAUCUCGGUUUGAGGUCGGACCCUCAUCCUGUAGGUCACAUGACAUGGGUGAGAAAUGGCGGCCCAUCGCAAUCACUGAUGCAGUGGUUUCCAAACUUCUCCUUGGGGCGGGGGCAAAUCCAGGUGUUUCAAUGUGUUCCACCUCAAGCACAGCUAAUGCGAUGGAUCAAGGGCUUGAUAUGCUGUAUCAGGUGUGCUUGAGGUGGAACACAUGGAAUACCUGGAUCUUGCUGGGGGUCCAUGAGGAUAUUGCCCGUUUCCCUCCGAAGUCACUGAUCUCAGGUCAACUCCCGGCAACUCCAACUCCAACUCCCGGCUUCCGGGCACAGCCAGGGCACUGACCUCAGUUCAGUAGAGGAGUUUUUUUUUUUGCAGGGGGGGGGUGUUACAGUCUUGGGUGUCACUGAAAUAGAUGUGGAGGAAUGAGAAAAAAAAACUAAAAAACAUGAAGCCAUUUUAAUUUGUAAUCCCAAAGUCGUGUGCCAAAGCGUAGAAUUGUUGUCCCGGAACGUCAAAUCUGUUUUUAAACUAUGGAUCUUUACCUGUACAAUAUUGAGCUCACAAACCUGUAAAGCAGUCAUAAAGUCAUGUGUAAAAGUGGAAUAUAGUGUCUCAAUCAUCAAGCGUCCUGACCAUGGGCAGAUUUAUUUUAUUGUACCGUCUCCAUUUGGUUCCAAACAUAAAAGUGGACCUGUAUGUGUAUGUAUGUAUGUGUGUGUGUGUGUGUGUCUGUGUGUGUGUGUCCCGGUUUAUCUGGGAAGUUUUAAUUCGACACAAGCAAAGUCUAGUUCAGAAUUCUCCGGUUUCAGCGCGCCAGACAAGAUGGCGGAUUCAAAAAAUGGUUUUGAGGAAGGGGGAAGCAUUGGGAAUUUGAUGGGAGUUUGAUGGGAAUUGCGUGUGCUGCUUCUCUGUGGGAGCGUGUCAUUGUCACUGCUGUUCGGAAUAGCUCCUGGAAUAUUGGCGCGUCAUCCUUUAAGAUCAGCACGUGUGUACAUGCCCACACAUGGCGGCAAAAAGAUUUGAUUGGCUACAGAGUCCUACAGCAGACUAGAUCAUUGGACAGCACAGCAGUCAGCAACAGUUAUUUGAUUUGCUUGGUUUUUCUUUUUUUCUGUUUUUCUCUCUUUUUUUUUUUUUCCUCUUAAAAAUGUCAGCAGACUUAAAUUUUGCUUUCCACAAAUAUCUGUGCCCUCUAGUGAGUAUAUACACUACGGGCAAACGUACGGGAUCCAGGUGCCGUUAGCCCUGAGACGAGAAUGUAGAACGUGCACCGUUCUGGUCUGUGUUUUUUAAACAUACUUUUCAUUUCCACGGUUUGACGGUUUAGUUGUGCAAUAUUUUCUCCCCCAUUUCUUUCCCGGGAGUUAUAGCCCCAUACGUUUACACAGGCAUGGCUAAAAAACGUUACAAAACAUCUCAUGCUGGUUCUGCGAGUUUUUUUAUUUUAUUUGUACAUGAACGACUUUUAAGCUGAUCACUGUAUAUAAUUUGUGGAUUCGUUUGACAAUUCUUUGCGUUGAGAAGAUUUGUUAUCAAUGUAUUGAGAGGGGUUGAUGCCAGGGCGUUACACAAGACUGACUUGAGCUGCAGAUGGAAAACAAGUUCAUACUACGUGGUUGAGUGUAGUAGUUAGUGUAGUUGCACAGGAUGUGUCUGUCGAGUAAAGUCUGUUAGUGUAAACUGUGAGGUCAACAGAUUCCCUCAGUGUUAUAUCUAUAUAUACAGUAUAUAUGUAUAUAUAUAUAUAUAUAUAUAUAUAUAUAUAUAUAGCCUUGUCAGCACGAAUGCCAACCCCUGUCAGAGCUGAUAAUUUUUAAGGUCUUCGUUUAUUUUAAACCGGGGAAAUGACACAUUUCAUUUCUUAGUUGAUGACAUAUUUAUUUUCAAGUACACGUUAAUGUUUUGAAUUUGCCACUGAAAGCAACCAAAAGGAUCGCCUAUUUAAUAAUUCUGAAUACUUUUUUUUUUUUCUAUUAAUUUGAUGAAGUGAUCUGUAUUGGACAGUGUAGUGUAUGGCAUUUAUUUGAGUAGAAAUGUGCUUUAUAGAUGUAGGUUAAGAGAAAAAUACUUGAAAAACCAAAAUGAGAACAUUUUUUGUCUGAUUUGGUGACUGAAUGUUAAUAGUUUGUGGUAAUAAGGCAUGCCAUUUAAAUUAUUUUGCAGUUGUAUAUGUUUCACAUUAUUUUAGAAUAAAAAUGUGAUAGUUACAGAUAAAUAAGCAUGGAUUUGCUUCUGAGUUAAGUUAACAUGCCACUGUGGCAUAUGCUGGAAAAGGUAUAUGCAUUUGGUUGUAAAUGCAUCAUUAACACUGAACAUUGUGAUUGAAUUAGUCAGUGCGUUGGCGUUUUUAGUAAUGCAGUCAUUCGGAUGAAUGAGUGAAGUUUUCUUCGUGUCUUUUUGAUAUUUUACCCAUAAGGCAUUGGGUUGGAUUGGGCCGCUGCUGGCAAGGGGGCGCUGUUGAGUAAAGUCGAUAUCAACGCUGACUUUCUGAUACGCUUUAUCUCAAUUUAUAAAAUACUCUUUGAAAAAGAGAAACACUAAACUGUCUUUUUUUUUCCUUUCUUUCACCUUUUCAUUCCCGAUAUGCAGACCUUACCUAAAAUGGUACAAUUAUAACUAUUGUAACUGGUAUGUGCCAGGUUUCGUAUUGUACUGUAAUACGGACGUUUCUGUUUAAUUUUGUUUCGUUUGUUUUCCUAGAAAUGGAUUUGUGUCAGUUGUCCAGCUGUUGCUUAAUAAAAUGUGCGGAUUGAAAAGUUAA